AUGUCGCACGUCGGGCGGCAAUUCGCGUGCGUGCGACCGGCCUGUGGACCGCGCACUCCACCGGCAGCGCAACCUCAUCACCCCGUCGCGGCAGCUCGUCACGGAGGCCGUCGUCGGCUCGCGCCGACUCAAGCCGUCAGCGGCACAGCCCUCGCCCUCGCCGGCGUCGCGGUCUCCGUCCCGGCCCUCGCUGCAGCCGCGAAGGCAAAGAACGUCAUCUUUGAGGUGUACGAGGGCGCGGUUUAUGUCACAGUAGGCGUCCCUGCGGACGGGCCACCCUUGCCCGAGGGUGCCGUCGAGCUGCGACCGGUCCCUGGGAUGGGUCGCGGUGCAUUCGCAACGCAGCGCAUUCCCAAGGGCACGAAGAUAGGGGUGUACGAGGGGGAGUUCUUGACGAACGAGGAAUACGACGCCAGGUACCCGCGGUCCGGCCCGCCGCCCGAGUACGGCAUGACGCUGGACAGGAACACCCUCAUCGAUGCACGGGACGUUGCGAAGCGCGACACGUUCUCCUGCUGCCACAUCAACCACUCCAGGAGCCGGGCGAACGUGAUCCGUCGGGCUGCGCGCAAUUUGAGGGAGGUGCAGUUUUAUGCGUCGCGCGAUAUCGAGGCGGACGAAGAGCUCUUGUUCGACUACGGAAAGAAUUACUGGCAGGGGCGGGAGCACAUCGUGGUCGACUGA